UCUUAACAAAAAUGAUGUUAGGAUAUGUGCGUGGAGGGCUCUCGCCACGGAAAUUUCUGUGGCUCUGUUCGUUGACAUCAUCCUUCUUCUUCCACGGUUUGCAUCACCGUGGGAAUUAGAGUUGCUAUUGAAUUCCAAGACUUCGCCGAGCAAACUAUGGCAACUCUGCAAUCUCUGUCACCUGCUUUCCGUCCAUCAAUUCCAGCCCCAAAUUCUCACGCUUUUCCGGCAGCCACUCUCUUUAAUUCUUCCCCCAAAUUCAUAUGCUCAAAUGGUCUCAGUGUCAGCCUCAGACAUUCUAUAAUUUCUCCAAGGGUUUCCAAUUCCCAGUAUAGUCCCCAAAUAGCGGAAACUCUCGGUGAUGUUAGCAUUUUUACCGCUUCCGGCGAGUCAGUAAGGUUCAGUGAUCUCUGGGACCAGAACCAGGGAGUAGCUGUGGUGGCACUAUUGAGGCACUUUGGAUGCAUUUGCUGUUGGGAAUUGGCUUUGGCCUUGAAAGAAUCGAAAGAAAGAUUUGAUUCAGCUGGUGUGAAGCUAAUUGCCGUGGGUGUUGGUACUCCCAAUAAAGCCCGCCUUCUUGCUGAAAGAUUACCAUUUCCAAUGGAUUGCCUUUAUGCUGAUCCUGAGCGAAAGGCAUAUAAUGUUUUGAAACUAUACCAUGGUUUGGCACGAACUUUCCUCAACCCUGCCAGUGCAAAGGUGUUUUCAAGAUAUGAUUCUCUGCAGAAAGCUGCGGAGAACUAUACAAUUGGAGCCACUCCAAAUGAUAUAAGCAGUGUAUUGCAGCAGGGAGGAAUGUUUGUGUUCAAAGGAAAGGAGCUAUUAUAUGCAAGGAAAGACGAAGGGACAGGUGAUCAUGCCCCGUUAGAUGAUGUUUUUGAGGUCUGCUGCAAAGUUCCUGUAGCCUAAUGCUGUAUUUUAUAGAAUUUUAAAUUCGCAUAACUGUAAAAAUGUUCAAUUUAAGAAGGUUUGUUUCGGUAUAGAUUAGAUAUCCUUGAAUCAUAUCGGCAACAACAUAUUGGAAGUUGUGGAUUUGAUUAAAAAAUCAUAUACAAAUGUUGUAAUCUAAUCUAGAAAUAUGCUGUCUAUAUAUAGUUUAGUUCACUGAAUUCAAUUUUAUAGUGCAAGCUUGAUUUGGAAAUGAUGAUUAUAAUUACGUAUGCGUUCAUGUUUGAAUCAUUAUGAAUAGUUAUAUUGAAGUUGUCAAUCGGUAUACGGCUACAGAUGUACAGAGAAAGGUACGUGCCAAGUGUUAUCUAUGGAGAGAUUCAAGUCGACUUAUACCAAAGGUUUAGAUGAAUAUCUUGUAAUAAUGAUUAUAUUAUUGUAAAAGAAAACGUUGGAUUACAGCUUUCA